CAUAUUUUUCCCACAAAACCAAGAUAAAAAGCUUUCAGGUGAUGAAAAAAUAAUGACGAUAGCGUUAUGUUUCGAUUUUAUGCGAAUUUUUGUUCUUAGCUAUGCGGCUAUUGGUACAUCGACCCUAUACAAUUGGACCAAAAAUAUGGAUCAACCGUGAAAACGACCUUAUAAUGGAGACGAAAUAUGAUUGGUAGAUUCUCGAACCAUAUAAAUCACGAUCCUUCAUUUAUAUGGAUGAACCAUGGGUUAUUGACGUUAUUGAUCAACUUAGAUGGAAACCGCACUCAAUAUAGGAGAAUGUGUGACUAUUACUUUUUUAUAAACAAUUCUCAAUGGCCCCAUCAUCUACGUAGUUUCCAUCUAGUAGAUGUUUUACUUAUAGUAGUUUUUAGGAAUUACACAUUUUUAACGAAGACAAGCAAUAAUUAAACAUUAAAUUUAGCUGCAUCCACAAUUUACUUAACGUUCGAAGAGGGAGAGUGGGUAAGCUCAAACGUUACGACCCUUACAAAAAUUUGAAAAAAAAAAAAUCAAACUUAUCAAUCAACACCAAAUGACUCGGGCAAACGUUGUUGGCACAUAAAAAAAACAAAUAGCAUCUCCAACAACUAUCCCCAAAAAUAGAUAUUAGAUAUUUUUCAAUUUGGGGUUUAAUUACGCUGCCUGAUCAUUGAUGCUUGCUGUAAAGCCUACACACUCUCUCCGCACGCAUGAAAAAUAAACGAAACUGAAAGCGUCCUCUCAAUGACCACACUUACCGUUGAUUGACUGCUUCUCCCAGCUGCUGGAAGCGUACUCUUUCAACAGCAAGAUUUUAGUGUACAUGACCAAAUUCACGCUAAAUGUCACGACUUCGCUUCAAAGGGUGAUUCACUGUCUCCCAAAUUUACGGAAGGUGUCCGGGGAAUCUUCCAAAACGACACGCAACCAGGUUUCACCGCAAAAUUGUAUUCAACAGUUGAUGGCUUUCGUCAUUUCACUAUGAAGCGCCCGUCUACGUACUCUGCGCGGAAAUAUGAAGGCCGACUGGUUCGAUGGGCAGAGUCGUGCAGCUUGGCGCCGCGCUUUGAACCAAAGAAAGCAAAAAUUGAUUUAGUUAUAGCGUGCUGCAGCGGAAGGAGUAGUAGCAAGGGAUAUCUGGAACAAGCUGCCAAUCACGAUUGGCAUUGUUACGGAAAGUGAGUAAUGUGACUUAAUUUGUCCACCGGAGUUGUUGAAUGCUGGCGUUCUUUGUGAAGGCGGCCGGAGGGAAGCUCUCCUCGGCGGUUGAGCGUGCAUGAGGUCUUUCCAAAAUUUAAAUGUUGUUUUCGCGUACUCGCUCCUGAGUGCUGCAACAGUAUUAAUAUGUUUCGAAAUAACUUUAGGAAAUUGUCACUGCGUGAUCAUUGCCGUCGGUUAUAUGCAGAUUUUCGAUAUGCCCAGCAAUGCAAUAUCCAGUCAGCGAUGGUUAUAAAAGUGGGAACGUUUGAAAUUGAACUCUUAGUUUUGUGAAAGAUUCGGGUCGGAAAUGAGCUAACGAGCUCUACUGUCGCACAAUGAUCGGAAAAGUUUUAAUUAUUGCUCUGUUCACGGUACAAUCGACGCGUAGUGACGUUUUCACUAGCAAAAGUAUCACUCGAGCAUUGGUUCCCCCUCGAAAGGAUUCCGAGUACAAGAAUGGGUACUCUACCACACUUCUGCCAGAAGUUAUCAUAAAUCGUCAACCGACACGAACUACAAUAACUCCACAGCGAGACUUCCAAGGAUAUUUCUACAAUCCACCAACUAAUGAGUAUAUACCACCGGAGCCACCUUUUGCGGAUGAACCGCAGCCACCAGCACAGAGACCUCCUCUCUCGGACGAAUACCCAUCGGUGGAUAACCAAUACCUGCCUCCAGAAGAAGAUUCUGGAACCCCGGAUGAUACUCAAUUCGCCGAUCCACCAGUCAAUGACUACUUGCCACCACCACAGUUACCUCCGCAACGUGAUGAAAUCAUCAUUGUUACAACCGAGUCUGGUUACCAGUACAAUCCUCCGAGUUCACCAAUACCUCCAUUUGCGGAUGAAGGUUUCUCCAAUCCGUCAACGGAUACCGGGUACAACUACGACCGGCCUGCUAAUGCUUACAUCCCGCCACUCGGAAGAGCAUUGCGAGAUGAAGUUCCGGGCGGUUCUCGACCUAUAAGACUGCAGCUGAACGAUCUGACCUGUCUGGACAACAUUGGGGGUUUCUUCAGAUCGUCCCUCACCAUACAAAGUGCUAUUGAAAGUGUUCCUCUUGUAGACGUUACUAGUGACAGUGACCUAAACGGUUGUGAUGUUCGGGUAGCCCAAAAUAGACUCCUGGUGGACAUUGAAUCGAACAAUUUCGCAAGAUGCGGCGUUCAACAGUGCGGUGUCAAUUCCCGGGAAUUGUGCUUACGGUUAAGAUUUCCUCAAAUUGCGGGAAUGCGUACGGCCGCCGAUUCAAUUCUCACCCUACAGUGCAAAAUACAGCAACGUGUCGUAGCGAAAACGCAUUCCGUUCGACUUGGUGUGAACAAUGAUGUGCAGGAACGAAGCGCAUCCGGAACGUUUGCGUACGGAGGAACCCAGCGGCCCUUUCGUACACAGCUGGGGCUUUUCCGAAGAUCUGACAACGGGAACGGAUUCACCCGAGCACUCGAACCAGGUGGCUCGGUAGUUUUAGGAGAGGAACUGAUGCUGCGUACGCAAGUCCGUAGCGGAGAUGGUUGGAACUUCACGCGGCUGUCCGAAGUCGUUAUGCAGCGACAGACUUCAGCCGGAAGUGUGCUCAACUCGGCAACCGUUGUGACGACGAAUGGCUGUCUGAAUCCUACGAUGAGAGCAAUCAGCUCAGUGGCACCUGUGGCGGAAUCGCCACUCAGCUAUAGGUUGAACUUCCGGGCUGCGAUGUUCCAGGGAAUGCGAAGCGGUGACGAAAUGGUUAUGCGAGUACGAAUAGUGGGCUGCGUUGAUCGGAGGGAGUGCGCUGUGGAAAAUUGCGCAACAGUGCGUUCUAAACGCGAUACCGCCGACAACUCAACCGAAGAUACAUCCGACCAGGACGAGCUCCCCUCCGAGGUGUCAACGAUUUCGUUCCGAAUCAUGCUGCCGUCGAAUUCCACCAUCGACCUUCGGCCUGGCGCCGAAUCGACUCGAUCGUUUCUCACGCUCUCGGUGGCAGUGAUCAUUUCGGUGGUAAUGCUAGUAGCGCUAAUCGUGCUGAUUACCGUCAUAAAGCUAUACCGAACCAAACAGCUGCACUACGAUGAGUACCGAUCGGAUUAAGUGCAACGAAAGACAUCACCGCGGGGUCGGCUCUAUUUCCCCAUGUUCCGAACGAUUGCGAACGUGAUUAGCUAACUAGCCGGCUAUUGCCGGCGCACGUUGCAGUAGCUAUUAGCACAUGCCGCUUAAUGGGGAGCGUUCAUAUAGGACGUAGCCUUUUGAAGGAGGGUGUUACUGAAUUUAACACGAAUUAUAUAUUAGAUAGGUAUAGGAAAUCAAAACCGGUAAAAGAAAGGUAUCGAAGGUUAUUCAAGUAACCGCCAAUUCACAGUAGUAUAUGUUUGAGGUUAUGGCUUUCAGUCUUAAAUAAAACUCAAAAACGGAUUUUUGCU